CAGGGGGGGGUACGUCCGUGUUUGGUUUCCGGGCUACCGCCGCCACAGGCUGCAGGUGUGCGGACUCCUGGAGCCAUGGGGACUCCUCCGGGCCUGCAGACCGACUGUGAGGCGUUACUCAGCCGCUUCCAGGAGACGGAUAGUGUACGCUUCGAGGACUUCACGGAGCUCUGGAGAAACAUGAAGUUCGGGACUAUCUUCUGUGGCAGAAUGAGAAAUUUAGAAAAGAACAUGUUUACAAAAGAAGCUUUAGCUUUGGCUUGGCGAUAUUUUUUACCUCCGUAUACCUUCCAGAUCAGAGUUGGUGCUUUGUAUCUGCUAUAUGGAUUGUAUAACACCCAACUGUGUCAACCGAAACAGAAGAUCAGAGUUGCCCUGAAGGAUUGGGAUGAAGUUUUGAAAUUUCAGCAAGAUUUAGUAAAUGCACAGCAUUUUGAUGCAGCUUAUAUUUUUAGGAAGCUACGACUAGACAGAGCAUUUCACUUUACAGCAAUGCCCAAACUGCUAUCAUAUCGGAUGAAGAAAAAAAUUCACCGCGCUGAAGUUACAGAAGAAUUUAAGGACCCAAGUGAUCGUGUGAUGAAACUUAUCACUUCUGAUGUAUUAGAGGAAAUGCUGAAUGUUCAUGAUCAUUAUCAGAACAUGAAGCAUGUAAUUUCAGCUGAUAAGUCUAACCCAGAUAAAGCCCUCAGCUUGAUAAAGGAUGAUUUUUUGGACAAUAUUAAGAACAUAGUUUUGGAGCAUCAGCAGUGGCACAAAGACAGAAAGAAUCCAUCCUUAAAAUCAAAAAUUAAUGAUGGAGAGGAAAAAACAGAAGGAAAUUCACAAGAAACAGAGAGAUGUGAAAGGGCUGAAUCAUUAGCGAAAAUAAAAUCAAAGGCCUUUUCAGUUGUCACUCAGGCAUCCAAAUCGAGAAGGCAUCGUCAAGUCAAACUUGAUUCUUCUGAUUCUGAUUCUGCAUCUGGUCAAGGACAAGUCAAAGCAACUAGGAAAAAAGAGAAGAAAGAAAGAUUGAAACAAGCAGGAAGGAAGAUGUCUUUCAGAAACAAAGGUAACAUGCAGAAUAUACACAAAGAAGAUAAACCUUUAAGUUUGAGUAUGCCUAUAAUUACAGAAGAGGAAGAAGAGAAUGAAAGUUUGAGUGGAACAGAGUUCACUGCAUCCAAGAGGAGGAGAAAACGCUGAACAAAGAGCCUGGUGUAGUUUUUCAUUUUGAGCUUUCUGACAGAAGAAAAGAUUGAUAUUUUGUGUAUUGAACAGGAAGAUUGCCAGUAUUAAAAAUAAGUAUUCUGGGAAACUAUAGGUUAUUUCUUGGAAAUUGCAAUACACAGUUCUAGAAUAAAAGAGCAAAAAAUUAGAAUCAGAAUUCUUUAAUUUUAACAUUUUUAAUGAUAUGCAUAAAUGGAGAUAAAACUUGUAUUUAGUAUAUAGUAGAAAAAAUUCUGUUAUUUGAAGAUCGUUACUGUUUCCUAUACCAUUUUAUGACACUAUGCAGUCCUAAUACAGUCUGGUAAUACUAUUCUAUUAAAAUAUUUUUAUUGAAAUUACUAAUGUUUAUUGUAUGCAAAUCACUGAUUAUUUUGUAUCUACAGUCUGAUAAUGGAUUUUUAUUAUGUAUAUUACACUAUUUUGUAUGUUGUUAAGUGGAACAAAGUUUUUGCCUUGUUUUA